AUGAACAGGGGGCAGACUGGGACUGCCCCAAGCUGGAACGGCGGUAAGGGAGUUGUAGAGCAGCCCUUGAAAAAGACGAUUUGCAAGUUUUGGCUGGAGGGCCAGUGCUCUCGCGGUGAGACUUGCACAUGGGCACACGGUGAGGAGGACCGCAUGGAAACGCUGCCACAGCAGAGCCCUCCAGCUUUAAAAGGAGGCAUGAAGGUACUUCCGCCGUGGAAGGGCGGAGCACUGGUGCAGACAACAGAGGUUGCCAAUGUACGUAGAAGCAUCUGCAAGUUCUGGGAGCAAGGCAAGUGCAGCCAGGAGGCUGGCCAGUGCACCUGGGCCCAUGGCGAGUGGGAAAUCGGGACUGUGCCAGGCAGAGAUGGGAAGCUGAGAGGCUCCAACUUCCAGGCUGCGAAGCGCCCGCGCCUGGCCUGA